AUGCCUGAUUACUUUUUGGGGGGAAAACAGUUGUACAUUGGUGAAGUCGUGCUCGGAACUGGCUUUGGGGUCAUUAUUGGCCCUUACUGCGCGAAUAUAUUUGAUCCUCGAUCAUGGGGCUCGACGCUGGAGGCACAGAAUCGAAUUACCCUUGAAGUUAUGCGUGUCGUGCUUGCUACUGGUCUGUUCGCCAUCGGAGUCGAACUACCAAAGGCAUAUCUCGCGGAACAUGUCCGAAGUCUCCUAGUAAUGGUUGUGCCAACGAUGGCAUUUGGCUGGCUCGUCGUCGCAGGAGUUAUCCGUGUACUAUUUCCCGCAUUGACUUAUGUCUCUGCGCUAGCAAUUGCCGCAUGCCUUACUCCAACAGACCCUGUACUCGCUGCCGCAAUAAUCGGUGGGAAGUUCGCUGUUAGAAAUGUCCCAGUUCAUACUCGGCGCUUACUCAGUGCGGAAUCUGCAGCCAAUGACGGACUUGCAUACCCAUUUCUUUCGAUUUCCAUAUACCUUGCCAUCGAAUCAAGCAAGAGGGUAGCAUUUGGAAAAUGGUUCCUUGUUGGCUGGCUCUAUCAGGUUAUACUUGGAACAGUCCUUGGGGCCAUCCUCGGAUUGGCCUUUUCCUACUUUAUGAAAACAGCACAUAACAAGGGCCUAAUCGAUCGAGAGUCUUUCGUUGCACAAUACCUCGCGCUCGCGAUAUUUACCAUUGGGGUAGCGAAUACCAUAGGUUCCGAUGAUCUGUUGGCCGCAUUUGCUGCAGGCGACGCUGUUUCUUGGGAUGGUCAUUUCAACGACAGAACAGAGGACGAGGUUUUUUCAUCUGUGAUUGACCUUGUGCUGAAUUGUGCAUGUUUCAUCUAUAUCGGUGCAUGGCUUCCCUUCAAUGCAUAUAAUGCAACGGAACUCGGAAUCACACCCUGGAAACUCGUCGUUCUUUUCAUAGCUAUCCUUGCACUUCGGCGCAUCCCAAGUAUAUUAUUACUAUACAAAUUCGUUCCGGACAUACAUAAUUGGAGGGAAGCGCUGUUCUGUGGUCACUUUGGACCUAUGGGUGUCGGAGCGGUCUUCAUCUCCACUUUGGCUAUCACAGAGUUGCCGGAACCCAGUAACCCACCUUCAACGCAGAAUGAAUUGCUUGCUGCUAUGCUACACCCCGUUGUCUCAUUCGUCGUUUUAGGUUCCAUCAUCGUUCGUGCGUUUUCGUGCAUUUUGGCUUCUUUCUCGUAG